UUAGAAAAGGUUGUGUGCAGAAAAGACAGCACAAUCACCCUUGUUUCUUUUGUUGUGUAAUUCUCUUUCAAUAAGAAAGUGCUAUUUUGGUGUUGUUUUCCUCUCAAUAUGGUGGUAAAAAACACAAAUCAGUUAGAGGAAUCUACUAAUUCCACUUAUGAUAGAAAAACAGAAGUGAAAAAUUUUGAUGAUUCAAAAGCUGGUGUCAGAGGUUUGGUGGAGCAUGGGGUGUCAAAGAUCCCGCGCAUUUUUCAUACCGGUAAGUUGGAUAUCGGUGAAAACUCGGCUAGUGAUUCUAAAUUGAGUGUUCCCAUCGUAGACCUCAAAGAUAUACACAUCGAUCAAGCUCAGCGUGUCGAGGUAAUUGAACAAAUUCAAAGUGCAUGUCAUGUGGGUGGAUUUUUUCAGGUAAUUAAUCAUGAUAUUCCCAUUGAUGUCUUGGAUGAAAUGAUUCAUGGAAUCCGUAGUUUUCAUGAACAAGAUGUUGAUGUAAGAAAAGAGUUUUACACUCGUGAUUUAAAGAAAAAAGUUAUGUAUUUCUCCAAUGGAACCUUGUUUAGUGGCCAAGCUGCUAAUUGGAGAGAUACAAUUGGUUUUGCUGUUGCUCCUCAUCCAUUCAAACCAAAUGAACUACCAUCCAUAUGCAGAGAUAGUGUGAUUAAAUAUUCCCAAAAAAUAAGGGAUUUGGGUUUCAUAAUCUUUGAGUUAUUGUCGGAGGCACUAGGACUUGAUCGUGAUUACCUCAAAGAGUUAAAUUGUUGUGAAGGACUCUUUAUUCAAGGUCAUUACUAUCCAGCAUGUCCUGAACCUGAAUUAACUAUGGGCACUGCCAAACAUACCGAUACUAGCUUCAUAACAUUACUUCUACAAGAUCAACUUGGUGGUCUUCAAGUUCUUCAUGGGGAUAAAUGGGUCAAUGUCCCUCCUAUACAUGGAGCUCUUGUCGUAAACGUAGGAGAUCUUCUACAACUUAUCUCAAAUGACAGGUUUGUAAGUGUUUAUCACCGAGUCUUAUCACAGAACAUUGGCCCAAGAAUUUCAGUAGCAAGCUUCUUUGUGAAUUCUCGUGAACCAAUUGAAGGUACAUCAAAGGUUUAUGGUCCUAUUAAGGAGCUCCUUUCAGAAGAAAACCCUCCAAUCUACAAAGACAUUACCAUAAAAGAUUUCUUUGCAUAUUAUUAUGCAAAAGGCCUAGAUGGAAACUCUUCCUUGGAGCCCUUCAAGUUGUGAAUUCAACAUGUGAGUGCACUUUCGACUGGUGGAGCUGGCAAUAGUAUAUCUAAAUAACAAUCCAUGUUUUCAACUAUAAGUGUAGUUUAUAUUAUCAAGUUUUUAAGACUAAAAUAAAUGAAUUAUCUAUUUCUUGUUGA